GAUCUACACUAAGCUGUCUCAGAAUAAGAAAAGGAAGCGUACUCCAUUAGUUCUUCCUUAUAGCCAGAUGGGCAGGGUAGACUUACAAGUCAGUCAUAUGAAUAGGUUAGUCGGUGUUACCGACACUGACUGCUUAGUCAACCUUAGGAUGGAUAGGAAUGCGUUUGGUAGAUUAUGCUCUAUAUGCCGACAGCUUGGAACUCUUCGUGACAGAAGGUCGGUUUAUAUUGAAGAACAAUUGGCCAUAUUCCUAAGCAUACUAGCACACCAUAAAAAGAAUCGUAUCACUAGAUUUGACUUUUUGCGAUCGGGCCAAACUAUUUCCUACUACGUAAACGAAGUUCUCAAGGCUAUCAUAAAGAUGCACACGUUAUUCAUUGUGAAUCCUGAGCCAGUUCGCGACGACUGUGUCGAUUGGAGAUGGAAACACUUCAAGGGAUGUCUUGGCGCUCUAGACGGUACUUUCAUUAGCGUUUUGGUUCCUUCUGCCCUCAAACCUCGAUUUAGGAACAGAAAGGGACAGAUAGCAACAAAUACAUUGGCAGCUUGUGAUCGGGAUAUGCGAUUUACAUACGUUCAACCGGGGUGGGAGGGAUCUGCCGGAGACGCUCGUGUUUUGAGGGAUGCGGUAAACCGACCUCAUGGUCUGAGAGUCCCAUUAGGGAAUUAUUACCUCUGUGACAAUGGUUAUGCAAAUAGCAAUGGAUUUUUGACACCUUACCGAGGCGUCAGAUAUCACCUUAAAGAAUGGGGCCCAAACGCUGAUAUGCCUCAGAACCCUGUUGAGCUGUACAAUAUGCGACAUACUAAAGCGCGCAAUAUUAUUGAACGAGCAUUCGCUGUGCUGAAGAUGCGAUGGGGCAUACUCCGAAGUCCAUCAUUCUACCCCAUCAAGGUGCAAAUUCGUAUAAUUAGUGCAUGUUUCUUGUUACACAACUAUGUCCGGGGCGAGAUGGCUGUUGAUCCAUUAGAAGCUCUUCUCGAGGAUUGGACCGAUGGACAUGGAGUUGAUGAAGACUCCAAUGAUGUUCCAUACGUUGAUUUCAUCGAAGCAACAAAUGAUUGGAACAACUUCCGAGAUCAAUUAGCAACCACAUUGUGGAAUCAGCAUAUUAGCGGUGGCUGAUGAUUUUAACUCAUGUGGAUUAAAGUUGCACAUGAGAUGCUUACUAGGGUUAGACGAGGAUAAUAUUGGAAAUAAGAAAAAUAUAUGAGGAUAUUUCUGGUAUUUCAAGCUAUUCUUAAGUGCUUAAAAUCCAAACCAAA